GGAACUAACUCGAGGGCAUUUUGUCAUUUUGAGAAAUUGUUAUGAGUUUGAGUACAAAACAAAAGGACACGACGACUUUGUAUUAUUUGCUUCAAAUCCUCUGUUCUUCACCUUCCUUGUUCCUUCUUCUCUCCUUCUUUUUUAUAUAGAUUUUCCUUUCAUGUUGUAAUACUUUUAUUCUAUUAGCGUUCAUAUUCAGCUAAACAGACAUUGCGCCGCCGUUAAGUCGAAAGGAUAGAAAGAAAUUAAAGAAAGAAGAAGCUUGUUGUCUUUGCUUCUUGAGGCUCUCUUCUUGUCUUGAUCAUCUGUUACGUUGUUCCACGAAAAGAACAGUAGCUUUGUCUCUCCAUAUAGGGUUAUUAUCUGAAAUGGGUAAUUGUUUAGAUUCAUCAGCUAAAGUGGAUAAUAGCAACCAUAGCCCACAUGCUAAUUCUGCUUCUUCGGGCUCUAAAGUUUCAAGCAAGACAAGCCGUUCAACGGGUCCUUCAGGACUAAGCACAACUUCUUACAGCACAGAUAGUAGUUUUGGGCCAUUACCAACACUUAGGACAGAAGGAGAGAUACUUUCAUCGCCUAACCUAAAAGCUUUCACUUUCAACGAACUCAAGAACGCGACUAAGAACUUUCGUCAAGAUAAUCUACUAGGGGAAGGAGGUUUCGGUUGUGUAUUCAAAGGAUGGAUUGAUCAAACAUCUCUCACUGCUUCACGUCCCGGUUCUGGAAUCGUUGUUGCUGUUAAGCAGCUUAAGCCUGAAGGUUUUCAAGGUCAUAAAGAGUGGUUGACUGAAGUAAACUAUCUUGGUCAACUUAGUCACCCAAAUCUUGUAUUACUAGUUGGGUAUUGCGCGGAAGGCGAAAACCGGCUUCUUGUAUAUGAAUUCAUGCCAAAAGGAAGCUUGGAGAAUCAUCUUUUUAGACGUGGGGCGCAGCCACUUACAUGGGCAAUAAGGAUGAAAGUGGCGGUAGGUGCAGCUAAAGGGCUAACUUUUCUUCAUGAAGCAAAGUCACAAGUGAUAUACAGAGACUUUAAAGCUGCUAACAUUCUACUCGACGCUGACUUCAAUGCUAAGCUUUCAGAUUUCGGAUUGGCAAAAGCAGGUCCUACUGGUGAUAAUACACAUGUGUCAACAAAGGUCAUUGGUACUCAUGGAUAUGCAGCUCCUGAAUAUGUUGCCACAGGUAGAUUAACCGCAAAGAGUGAUGUGUACAGCUUCGGGGUCGUGCUACUAGAACUAAUAUCAGGACGGCGUGCCAUGGACAAUUCGAAUGGAGGAAACGAGUAUAGUCUUGUAGAUUGGGCAACACCGUACCUUGGCGAUAAGCGAAAGCUUUUUCGCAUAAUGGACACGAAACUAGGGGGUCAAUAUCCACAAAAGGGAGCUUUCACAGCUGCUAAUCUUGCAUUGCAAUGCUUAAAUCCCGAUGCAAAACUCCGGCCAAAAAUGUCAGAGGUUUUAGUCACAUUAGAACAGCUAGAAUCCGUUGCUAAACCUGGAACCAAACACACCCAAAUGGAAUCUCCAAGAUUUCAUCAUUCUUCUGUUAUGCAGAAAUCUCCGGUAAGAUAUAGUCAUGAUCGGCCUCUGCUGCACAUGACUCCUGGUGCAUCGCCUUUACCUUCUUACACUCAAUCUCCUCGUGUAAGAUGAAACACAUUUAAGAAAACAGAUCGUGCUUUAUGCUUGUAUGUGUACUAUAUGUAAAAAUGCAGGCUUGUCUGUGUAAUUAGAGAGGAGUGAUUGCAAAGGUUUAUACAGAGAUUAACUAUUUACUUCAACUAUUUUGUGUCUUCAAACAUAUCAGAGUAAAUUGAAGCAAGAUAUGAAAA